AUGGGUGAACCUGGGCCUCCUGCAAUACAGGACGACAUUCCCGAUGAGGAGAAACUCGGUCCAAAGUGGGCCUGGUGUAUAGUCAUCGAUGAUGAGGCGCUUGAGAGUUUGAAGAACGGCCCCGAGCCCAUAGGAGAUGUGCCGCCAGAAGGCGUAAGUUCUCUUCAACUGGCAUACAAUGCUAAAGAAGCAUUUGUAAAGUUACUAUCUGGGAUGAAGACGGCGAUGGAGGGGCCUGAAGUGAUCGCUGCAGCAGGCCGUCCGGGUAGUGGGGGACCUCAAACAGUGUGGAAUGGAUGGCUUAAGUUUUCGCCUGUGGAUCUUAUGGGUGUCUGGAUUCAGGCGAAGAGCAACGUAGCCGUCACACCAGAAUCAUCUACCAUCAUGAGCUACGAGCCGCCUUCAAGUCCCUUACGCCCCUUCAUACAGCUGCAUACACAGCUCACGCCUGCUCAAAUCCAACUCAUCCAGUCCCACGAAGAUUUCGGCGAAGUACGCAUCCCAAUCAGCGAACUCAAUCUCGCAAGUUUCCUCCGCAAUCAGAUCGAUGUUGAGGCUCCAUCAAAAGACGCGCAGACGGUAUCGAAGCUCGUCGCCAGACUGCGAGAUGCAAAGGCUGCCGAUAAUGACAGCAGUGACGGUGGCGAUGGCGUUUUGAUCCACAUCCUAAGCUUUACGGUCCUUGGCGAUCAGAGCGGGGAGCUGGUUCCAGAAGGUCGCAUGUUACUGUGGAAGUGGGCUAAACCUCAAAGUCAGUACCGGAAGACCGGCUCCUGGAGCCAUAGCUUGACACAGGUCCUGGUCGAUGCCGAGUGGAACACUGGUAAACAUAUCACGAUAUACGUGAAGGCUGUUGAAGAGGAGGAGUAUGAGAAGGUGUUGAAAGGCGAGAAGAAGAAUUAA